AUGUCAUAUGCGUUAAGUAAAUGGAGGUUAAAUGAAAGGCAUCGACUUAUAGCUGAAGGAAAAAUCAGUUCAGUGAAGUACGAAUGGGAGAAAGCAAAGUGGGCAAUGGGUGAACGAUUUGGAAAAUACGGUAUUGCGAGUAAUGUUGACAUACGACAAUUGUGGCCUUCUGUUGAAGUAAGUUUAUUGUAUAAUGAAGUUGAAGCAAUUUUGCGCAAUAUUUACCUGAAGACUGAACUUAGGUUGGAAUUUCAAAAUUAUUCAAAUCAUUUGGAUAAAUACAAAGCAUCAUUAAUGAAAAUGGAAGAUGUAAAAAGUGAGGAAGAGAAAAAAAUGGAAAAUCGAAUUCGAGAAAUUCAAGAAUAUUUUGGUUACUGGAUUGAUCCAAAGGAUCCUCAGUUCCAAGUGAUGUUGGAAAAGAAGAAAACUGAAGAGAAAAAAGCUGAAAAACUUGCUAAGCGGCAAGCUCUACAAAAGAAAAAAUAUGCUGAAAUUGUAAUGCAAACGGAUUCCACUUCUUAG